AUGGAGAUUUGGAAGAAGACAUUAUACAUGGUGCAACCUGAAGGUUUUGUUCAAGAAGGGGAAAGGACUGGUCUGCAAGAAUGCAUAUACAUGAAGAUGAGUGGGAGACAUUUCAUUUUACUAGUUUUGUAUGUAGAUGACAUUUUACUAGCCUGCACAAAUCUCACCAUGUUACAUGACUGCAAGAAUUUCCUAUCUAAGAACUUUGAAAUGACUGAUCUAGCUGAGGCAUCAUAUGUUUUAGGCAUUGAUAUAAGCAGAGAUCGAAAGAAUGAGCUAAGCACUGAACAAGCACCUAAGACUGAGCAAGAAAAGCUGGAAAUGGUUAACAAACCAUAUGCUUCACUAGUUGGAAGCCUAAUGGAAAGAGUGUUAAGAUACUUGCAAAGGACAAAAGAUUACAAACUAACAUUCAAAAGAAGUGGCACGCUGGAAUUACAAGGUUAUGCAGAUGCUGAUUUUGCAGGAUGUCAAGACUCCAUGAAAUCAACAUCAGGUUUUGUAUUCAUGUUUGGAGGAGGUGCAGUGUCGUGGAGAAUUGUAAACAACCUCUGA